AUGUCCGGCUUCUCUUUCAACGCGCCAUCGUCCACUGGAGGCCCCGGUGGUGGGCUUUUCGGAUCGAAGACACCAACGACGACUGGUGGCAGCUUGUUUGGAAAUACAGGAAAUACAUCAACCGGCGCUUCAACUCCGUCGGUAUUCGGCUCGACCACUCCUGGCACUACGGGAAAUAGUCUUUUCGGUGCAAAGACAACAGAUGCUGGAAGCGGUACUAGUACACCAGCCUUCAGUUUCGGUGGCACACAAGGUCAGAACAAGCCAGCAACUCCGUUUGGCGGCUUGAAUCAAACCCCAAACAAGACGACAGAGGCAUCCGCUACUUCCCAGGCACAGACAGCUGGUGGAUUAUUUGGUGCAAAACCUGCUGAAGGUGGUAGUCUUUUUGGUAGCAAUACUCCGGCACAGACAAAACCUGGUUCAACUCUGUUCAGCACAACGCCAGCCAAUCCACCUCCAAGUGCUGGUGCAGCAGCCGGGUCAGCGCCAGCUCUGUUUGCCAGUCAAAAACCAUCGACUUCACAAGCAACAACUACUGGAUCUACUGCGACAUCUCAACCACAGAUCACUAAUCUAUUCGGCGGUGCACCUUCUACAGGUGGAAGCAACCUGUUUGGCGGUGUUAACAAGACUCCUGCGACGUCUGAGGGCGGAAGCAAGCCCUUAUUUGGCGCUGCGCCAACAUCUACUACUACUGCGCAAUCAUCCACCGGCCUAUUCAAACUUGGUGGUGCUAAUGCCGGAGGUAACGCACCUGCUUCUCCUUUUGGGGCUGCUGCUUCAUCUGCACCAUCGACACAACCCUCGACAACGGCUGCGUCCGAAGCCACCCCCCAGAAGAGUCUUUUCAGUCUAGGCGGCACAUCUACUGCUACUCCUUCGACGCCUGGUGCUGCUCCUUCUCUUUUUGCUGGCGUUGGAAAACCCGCUUCUACCACUGCAGCUAGCACUCCAGCAACAACGGCCGCGGCAACGACGGCACCGAGUGGCGGACUGUUUGGCGCGAAACCGGCGGCGACGAGCACAACUACAACUACAGCGACACCCGCUCCUACAGCAACUGUCGGUGCAACCACUACUGCAGCUGCAGCUCCUGCAGCUCCCUCAGGCCCCGAUGCUGGCAAAGCAACGCCAAACCUUGGAGCUUCGACAUUCGGACCCACGCCUCCUGCUCAGUCGCGCUUAAAGAACAAAACAAUGGAUGAGAUUAUUACGCGAUGGGCUACCGAUCUAACAAAAUAUCAAAAGGAGUUCAAGGAACAGGCUGAAAAGGUGGCAGAAUGGGAUCGCAUGCUUGUGGUUAAUAGUAACAAAAUAGCGAAACUGUACGGGAAUGCAAUUGACGCGGAGCGUGCGACUCAGGAAGUCGAACGUCAACUGGCUUCGGUUGAAGGACAGCAGGAGGAGUUGAAUGCAUGGCUGGAUCGAUAUGAGCGAGAGGUUGACGAGAUGCUGUCGAAGCAGGUUGGACCGGGCGAAACUCUUCAGGGACCCGAUCAGGAGCGCGAGAGAACUUAUAAACUCGCGGAGAAGCUUUCUGAGCGCUUGGAUGAAAUGGGUAAGGAUCUUGGAAGCAUGAUUGAAGAAAUCAACAGUGCGUCAUCUACAUUGAGCAAGACGAACAAGACUGAUGAACCUGUGAGUAUCCCCUGUAUCAUGUUAGCAUAAUGGAAAAUACUGACUUGAUACACCAGAUCUCUCAAAUCGUCCGAAUUCUCAACUCGCACCUCUCUCAACUCCAGAUGAUCGAUCAAGGCACGGCCGAGCUUCAGGCCAAGGUCAGCGCGGCACAAAAGUCAGGACAGUCAUUGGGCUCGCGACUGAGUGGUUACGGACAGAAUGGUAAUGGCAUUGGGAUAGGCGGAAGUGCAGCUGAUGACUUUUAUCGGUCGUACAUGGGUCGUCGGUGAUUUUCACACACAGUAUGUAUCUUGAUUUGAAGCAAAGGGUGUAGAGUUCGCCUUGAUAUGGGUUGGUGUUUAAACCUCUUUCUACGUGUAAUUGAACAUGAACACGGCAUGGACUUUAGGUCAGGUAAAUCAACUGUCUAAUUGGACUGACCGUUUGGUUUUAAAUGAUUAUCCGAUCAUGGGAUCAGCUAUGUUCGCUAAAUA